GCAGAGUUAAAGGCCGGUUUGUUCUGCAGGGAGAAAAUGGGCGUUAUAAACGUUUCUUUUUAAGAAGUCUGCAUUCCUGGUCCUGGAAACUCUGGAUGGAAUGAGUGAGUGAAAAGUAAAAAAAAAUAAAGGGGAGGUGCUUUGGUACAAAUUUGAGGACCACCGAAAGGGGUUUGAUACUACAGAGUUGCACGGCUGUGGGUGAAGUCUGAAAAACAAGACAAAAGAAUAUCCUGAUCCCGAAUUAAAAAAUGGCGUACCUUUUGAUGUUUGUGACACUACUGCAUCUCAUCACCCUGGCUAUGCUGUUCAUUGCCACUAUGGAGAAGUCAUGGUGGGUGUGGGACGGCAUGGAGAAUUCGGACCUGUGGUACAACUGUAGGUUCGAUAACGACACGGGCACGUGGCUGUGUGCCUCCUCCAAAGAGACCGAUUGGCUCCAGUCCGUGCAGGUGCUGAUGGUUCUGUCGGUGGUCUUCUCCUCCAUCUCCUUCCUGGUGUUCCUGGGCCAGCUGUUCACCAUGUCCAAGGGGGGUCUCUUCUACUUUACCGGCCUCUGUCAGGUCUUCGCAGGUCUAACUGCCUUCGCAGCAGCGCUUAUCUACACGCUACACAAUAAGGACAUCCUCCAAGACUCCCGGGAACUCACCCUAGGCCACUUUGGGUACUGCUACAUCCUGGCCUGGACGUGUGUCCCUAUGCUGCUCGUCAGCGGACUGCUGUACAUCCACCUGCGCAAGAAAGAGUGACCAACAAUAGCAGAAGACAGCUGUAGUUCUCUGUAUUACGAGGAACUACAACAAUGGCCGAUACAGUGUAAUCAUCUUACAGCCCUGUUGUUGAUGCCUCUGCUUUAGUAGAAGCCAUGUCCGAGAACAUUUGCAUGUAGGCCAAUAGUUAAAUGUGCUUUUUUAUUUUUGUAAAUGCGUAGAGUGGGAUGUGUACUCCUUUUUAGCUAUUUGAUUCAGAAGCCAUUGGAGACUUGACUUAUAAUGCAUGAGGCUUUCAUCCUAUAUUUAAUAUCUUUCUUUUGAAGUUGUAUUUAAUUAUGCAUAUACAACCAAAGAAGUAUUAUUAGUUGCAGCCUGAUUCCAAAUAAGUAUUAGCUUUAAAUUGUCUUUAGAAAAGUUCAGGUUUAUGUAUAACAAUUGCUUUUCAAUUCUGACUAGGAAGAAAGGGUUGGAGGGUUAAAAAUUGAAAUAUAUUUUUGUACAUAUCAUUAAUGUGAGAUAUAUGUUUAAUAGAUGCUCCAAGUUUUCUUAAUAAAAUGAUUAAUAUAAAAACACAAAAAAUCGAUUGUUC